AAGGGGGUGGAGCGGAGCGCCCACGCGAGCACCACCAAAUCUGCUAGAAAGCCUCUGACUAGGGGUCAGGUUGGUUGCCGUUGUCUCGACUAACUACAACUAACUAUAAGAAGAGGGAGGAGAUCAGCACAAGUAGCAGAUCUCCCAGGAGGUUGUGGAACGACGUGAAGCGAACCAAAAAUGGGGGGCCGCACAAUGUCCAUUUGGAACGUGAUGAUGAGCACCUACAAAAGGUCCUGCCCAGGAGGACCCCGAGUUCACCGACAUCAUCGAGAACAUCACAGUACCAGCGGGCAGGAAUGUGAAGCUGUCGUGUUCAGUCAAGAACCUCGGCACCUACAAGGUUGCGUGGAUGCACUUUGAGCAGUCGGCAAUCCUGACGGUGCACAACCACGUCAUCACCAGGAAUCCGCGCAUCUCGGUUUCGCACGAUAAGCACAGAACAUGGUUUCUGCACAUCAACAACGUGCAGGAGGAAGACAAGGGCAGAUACAUGUGUCAAAUCAACACCGUGCAAGCCAAGACGCAGUUCGGAUACCUCCACGUAGUCGUGCCGCCAAAUAUCGAUGACGCUCUCAGCAGCACGGACGUCAUCGUUCGCGAGCAGGCAAACGUGACCUUGACCUGCGUGGCCACGGGGUCACCGUCGCCCAGCGUGCGCUGGAAAAGAGACGACGGCAACAAGAUCAACCUCAACAAGUCGCACUCAGUGAUCGAGUACGAGGGCGAAGUGUUGGAGUUGACUCGAAUCAGCCGGCUGGACAUGGGCGCCUACCUUUGCAUCGCUUCAAAUGGAGUGCCGCCCACGGUCAGCAAAAGGAUCAAAGUCAGCGUUGAUUUCCCACCGAUGUUGUGGAUCCCGCAUCAAUUAGUAGGCGCGCCGAUCGGGUUCAGCGUGACCCUCGAGUGCUUCACGGAGGCGCAUCCGACUUCACUGAACUACUGGACGCGCGAGGACGGCAACAUGAUCCACGAGAGCGCCAAGUACCACUCGGAGAACACGGUGGGUCCUCCGACGUACAAGACGCACAUGCGACUCACCAUCCACAAGAUCAGCGAGCGCGACCAGGGCACGUACAAGUGCGUGGCCAAGAAUCCGCGCGGCGAAACAGAUGGCAACAUUCGCCUCUACACGUCUUCGCCACCUUCUACAAUCCCACCAUCUACAACCACUCAAGUAGUUACUAAAAGGCUACCAGAUCCCGUUGAAACCAAGAAUAAAGGUUCCAAGUACCAGCCACCCAGCAUUAAUGAAAUCAACAACUUUGACCAGAAGUCCAACUCGCACGAGGCGGGAAAGGGCAAAAAGCAGGAUUGGCUACAGAGCGAAAAUGUUUCGGCGUCGUCCGUUCCGCUGGCUGCAGGGAUGGGACUCGUCGGCUCUCUGCUGCUCUGCCUUAUGACAGUCAAUCUGACGUUCUUCAACGACGCCAACCUCCACCUGAGGAGCAGUUAGACUGAACGGUGCUCCGGCGGCGAACGUAAGAAUUUCAAAAGAGCCUCCACCACGACUGACUCUCUAUCUCAAGAUGCGCGUUAAUUGAAAAAUAAAAUUAAUUACUAAUGGACGGUUAAAACGCAGUUUAAAAGUAAAAAAAUUAAGAUAACGGACAAUUACUACGAAGAUGUUUAAGUCAAUGUUGAAGUUGAAGAGCAGAAGCGCCAAGUUAUGUUUUUUAUUCAUCACCUCGCACUUUCUACACACCCACGACAGAGGAUUUGUCCAAAACACUGCACCUCUCUAUUGUAUGGAAAAAGAAAAAUAGUAUUAUUCUCUCUGCGUAUAUAAUCUUACCACUUUCUAUAUAAUUCUCGCUCACAAACGUGCAUGUAACUUUCGAUAUAUUUUUUCGUUCGGAUCUCUUUUUCUCUAUCUCUCAUUGCACCUGGGGACUAUUUCGGGAUCUGUUUCCGAAAUCAUUUUCUGCAAUACUCACGACACGCGUAUAUGAAAUGUACGUUAGUUACUCUGAUUGUAAUAUCUUGUAAUAUAAAUUCAUGAAUGUGCCACAGGAAUAAUUUUGCGUGGAUCCCCCCUCUGGUUACGCGGAGCUUUAAAUAUUUAUGUGUUUUGUUUGCGUAAUGAGUGAUUUUUGAGGACAUACAAAACCACCAGAAGGCGCGAUUCAAGCAAAAAUAUACGUACUUUUAACCAACUGAGCCGUAUUUGGAACAAAAUUCAUCUAAUUGAUUUUCAGAAUCUACUGAAAAUGAUUGAAUUGCAUCUUUUCCUCUCAGAAAAAAUUAAUUAAAUUUUCCACCACAACAAAUGCUCAAAAAAACUAUUUUUUUUUCUUUAAAAAUUAUACACCUAAUGUCUGCGGUUUUCGGAUUGAUAUGAAAAUGUCAAAUUAAAAACUUAUGCGUGGAUUUGUAAGCUGGAAGAUCGAAUAGCAGUGGAGUUUAGUGCAAGAUGAGCUCAAUUAUAUUCGUGUGCGUGGCGUGUUUCGGCAGCUUGAGAAGCGCAUCCCCAGAAAAAAAACAGACCCAGUGUAUAUGUAGUUGCUCAACUUAUUGAAUUAUAAAUUGUUUCAACCAAUUAUAAUCGCCACGUCGUGCGAAUCAAGCUCGAAAAGGAUACGCAGCAUAAAUGCAUAUAUAUUUUUGCAAUUAAUUCACGAUAUAGGUUUUUUCAAUUCGGGAAAAACGCUUGACGUGUCCGUAUAUAGUGUAAAAUUAAUGCCAGGCGGAAUUACUUAGUUUCGUCUAAAUUGGGAUUUUUACGAAAUCCUUGUUAUAUAUUCACAUCGAUCCUGCUUGCAAAGGUGAUCCUCUCUUACGUAAGUGCUGUACAUCACCAUAAUUUGAUGCAGGGUAAUGAUUAACAAACAUGUGUAUUAAGAAGGUGAAAACGCAUUAACCAACCUAUGGAAGCAUUAAUAUAAAAAAGUACCUUGUAAAAAUAUUCAAAAAAAGGAAUAGCAAUGAGGAAGAAAAAUGUAUGAACUGAAUGGCUGAUACUUAAUUAUAAAAUAAAUUAAACAGAAACAUGCCUGUGUGAUGUCGGUUAAGAAACCAAGUCAUUAAUAACUAUUGAUUUAAUUAUUGCUCGGAAAAGUCGGUGCCAAAGAAAUCUGUGGAUAUUAUUAUGGAUUUUAGGCACUAACUUUUCAUAGUUUUUAAUUUAUAUUUCCCACGUUAUAAAGUUUUUAAUAUCUAAUUUUUAUUCUCUAUGUACGCAUCUUAUCAUCGACAUUUCUGCGCUGAAAAAGAAAGAAAACGAUUUGACUUACAAAUUUCCUCUUGCACUUGAAUUCAAAAGUUUGUUCAUUGAUACAAUGGAGUUUUUCAUCACAUUCUUGCGUGUUACAUUUUUGUCUCCUUUCAUCAAAAAAUCCGUGUGCCAAUGUAAACAGAUGACAAACGCUGCGCUUCAAUCAAAUCGUUUGAAAGGCAAAUGAAUUGACCGUAGUCUGUAUUUUGGCACCGUUUUGUGUUUUCGCUCUUGGGACAAAAGAAUCCACGCGAUCCCGUCCUUGCUCACUAAACUGUGUAUGUAGUUGGUAAUUAUUCGAUUGCGCCCUUUGUGUUUUAAAUUUAGCGAGCGAUGUGUUUUUAUUCUUCUCAGUACAUAUUAAUUCGUUCGCUAAUCGUCGACAAAAAAACCGAGACGAUCUUCGCCUCAGCUAGACGUGUCUAGACAGCAACAAUUAAUUAAACAACGUUUGGCGCGAGUGCAAGCAAGAAAAAAAGAAGAAACAAUUACGACAAAAAUAAAAUAAACGCUAUUUGUUAUUAUGAAAUGUUUACAGAAAUAAAGAGAAA